CCCCCCGAGCUUUGCCGUGGUACGUGCCAGGGGCUGGCCCGCGCCUGCGCAGCGCGGGGCGGCGGCGGCCGGACGUUGGGAGCGCGGAGGAGGAGGAAGGCGACAAAAUGGCGUCGACGGAUUAUAGCACCUAUAGCCAAGCUGCAGCCCAGCAGGGCUACAGCGCGUACGCACCGCAGCCGGCUCAAGGCUACGCACAGAGCACCCAGACCUACGGGCAGCAGAGCUAUGGAACCUACGGACAGCCCACGGAUGUCAGCUACUCCCAGCCCCAGACGACCGCGACGUAUGGGCAGACGGCCUACGCCACGUCCUAUGGGCAGCCCCCCACCGGUUACAGCACCCCGACUGCCCCCCCAGCAUACAGCCAGCCCGUGCAGGGGUACGGCACAGCCCCCUACGACACCAACACCGCGACGGUUACAACCACCCAGGCUUCCUAUGCAGCACCCUCUGCCUACGGCACCCAGCCCGCGUACCCGGCCUACGGGCAGCAGCCACCAGCGGCUGCUCCCACAAGACCCCAGGAUGGCAGCAAACCAGCAGACACCAGCCAACCACCAUCGAGUACAACCGGCUACAGCCAGCCCAGCCUGGGGUACGGGCAGAGCAACUACAGCUACCCCCAGGUGCCUGCCAGCUACCCCAUGCAGCCGGUCACUGCACCACCCUCCUACCCCCCUACCAGCUAUUCCUCCACGCAGCCGAGCGGUUACGAUCAGAGCACUUACUCCCAGCAGAGCACCUAUGGGCAGCAGAGUACCUAUGGACAGCAGACAAGCUAUGGCCAGCAAAGCAGCUAUGGGCAGCAGCCCCCACCGACCAGUUACCCCCCCCCAAGCGGGUCCUACAGCCAGGCCCCCAGCCAGUACAGCCAGCAGAGCAGCAGUUAUGGCCAACAGAGCUCAUUCCGCCAGGACCACCAGAGCAGCAUGAGUGUCUAUGGACAGGAUUCCGGAGGCUUCUCAGGCUCGGGAGAGAACCGGAAUCUGAGCGGCCCCGACGGCCGCGGCAGGGGACGAGGGGGAUAUGAGCGAGGAGGCAUGAGCAGAGGUGGGCGGGGAGGAGGACGCGGUGGAAUGGGCAGCGCUGGAGAGCGAGGUGGCUUCAAUAAGCCUGGUGGACACAUGGAAGAAGGCCCGGACCUUGAUUUAGGCCCCCCCAUGGAUCCAGAUGAGGACUCGGACAACAGUUCUGUGUAUGUGCAGGGACUCAAUGAUAACGUGACCCUGGAGGAUCUGACAGACUUCUUCAAGCAGUGUGGAAUUGUCAAGAUGAACAAGAGGACCGGGCAGCCCAUGAUACACCUCUACAUGGACAAGGAAACUGGCAAACCAAAAGGAGAUGCCACCAUAUCUUAUGAUGACCCAUCCACUGCCAAGACAGCCGUGGAGUGGUUUGAUGGGAAGGAUUUCCAGGGCAGCAAGCUCAAAGUGACGCUGGCACGGAAGAAGGGCCCGAUGAACAGCAUGCGGGGUGGGAUGCCGCCCCGGGAGCAGCGCGGAAUGCCGCCCCCCCUGCGCGGAGGUCCAGGGGGGCCGAGCGGCCCCAUGGGGCGCAUGGGAGGCCGAGGUGGAGACCGGGGCGGCUUCUCCUCCAGAGGACCGCGGGGAUCUAGGGGGAACCCCUCCGGAGGGAGCGUCCAGCACCGAGCUGGUGACUGGCAAUGUCCCAACCCGGGCUGCGGGAACCAGAACUUCGCCUGGCGAACAGAGUGCAACCAGUGCAAGGCUCCCAAGCCUGAGGGCUUCCUGCCACCGCCAUUCCCACCUCCAGGCGGUGACCGCGGCCGGGGCGGCCCCGGGGGGAUGCGCGGCGGGCGCGGCGGUGGCCUCAUGGAGCGCGGCGGCCCCGGGGCCAUGUUCCGAGGGGGCCGUGGCGGCGACCGAGGCGGCUUCCGCGGUGGCCGGGGCAUGGACAGAGGAGGCUACGGGGGAGGCGGCCGCCGAGGAGGAGGAGGAGGAGGAGGAGGAGGACCCGGGGGGCCCCCCGGACCCCUGAUGGAGCCCAUGGGAGGUGGCGGCCGCGGCGGGCGGCGCGGAGGACCAGGGAAGAUGGACAAGGGCGAACACCGCCAGGAGCGCCGAGACCGACCCUACUAGGACCCCCCCCCGUUCCUCCCCAAUCCCCCCCACCCCGGAGCUGCGUUUCCUACCAGAUUUAUUUUUUAAAGCAGAAACGAAUCGGAAACCAGGAGAAGUUUUAA